UGCAUUUUCUGGGAACCAUGGUUUUAUCUGAUUGGUUAUCACAUAAGCCGGAGCAAUUGAUUUCAGUUUUCUUAAUUGGUCUACUUCAAAUAAUAGAUAGACGGUUUCAGUCACGAUGAAGACACUGGAGAUAUUACUUCUAGUACUGUUCGGUGCAGCUUACAGCACACCGAAUAAACUGCGUUUCGAUCAUCAUCGUGUUUAUUCCGUCACUGUUAAAACUGAGGAACAGUUGCGGAUUCUUCAGGACUUGGAGACUAUACCAAAUGAAUUUACUUUUAUAGAUGUUCCUUUGGCUCUAAAUUCGAGCGUUCAUAUGGUAGUUCCACCAGAAAAGCAAGCUGAUUUUGAUUUUUUAUUAGAUGAUCUAAAAUUAAAUUCAGAAUUAAUCUCAACGAAUCUUCAAAGUGCCAUAGACAAUGAGCAAUCGAACCGUGCAAAGCGCGCUGCAUUCGGGUGGGAAGAUUAUCACACCCUUGAUGAGAUAUAUGCAUGGCUUGAUGAUUUGGAUGAUCAAUACGACGUUUUGAGCGUCGAAACCAUUGGUCAUUCCUACGAGGGCCGUGAACUCAAAGUCAUCAAGCUGUCAUACAAGGAAGGCAAUCCUGGAAUUUUCGUCGAAACAAAUAUACACGCUCGCGAGUGGAUAACAUCGGCCACCGUAACGUGGAUAUUGAACGAGCUGUUGACGUCUGAAAGCACAGCAGUUCGUGAGCUGGCUGAGAGCUAUGAUUGGUAUAUUAUACCAGUCGCAAAUCCGGAUGGAUUCGUUUAUACUCAUACUGUGAACCGACUGUGGAGAAAAACGCGUUAUCCGUAUACAGUGCUUUGUCAAGGUGCCGAUCCUAAUAGAAACUUUGAUUUUGAAUGGAGCAACGGUGGAACCUCCAACAAUCCUUGCUCGGACGUCUACGCCGGAGAGUAUCCCGAAUCGGAGAUUGAAGUGAAGACGAUCUCCAAUUACGUACGAUCAAUCGCGGAUAAGCUCAAACUCUAUUUGACAGUGCACUCACGGGGUCAGUACGUUCUGGUACCGUUUGGAUACACCAAUGCUCCAUAUCCGUCCAACUACAAUGAUUUGAUGCAAAUUGCAAGGAGAGGAGUGGUGGACAUGUAUAAAGUGCAUAAUACACCAUAUCGUGCAGGAACGACAGCUGACGUGCUCUAUGUGGCAUCGGGUAUUUCGGUUGAUUGGGCCUAUGGAGCAGCAGGAAUUCCCCUCGCAUACACCUUCGAGCUCCGUGAUCAAGUGCAGUACGGAUUCAUUUUACCGGCUGAUCAGAUCAUACCCAAUGCUGAAGAGGUUUUGGCUGCUUUUGUUGGAAUGGUCGAUGAAGCACGAGUUUUGGGGUAUUUUUAACUUCGCCGCUACUGACAGCAAGGAUAUACCAUUUGAAAUAAAAACGUGAAGCUGCUAUGUGGGAAAUCAA